AUGCUUAAUGAGUCCGAGGAUCUUAUUGACAGCAAAAACGGGCAGCUUCACGUUCUCAAUAAGCGCAUUGAGGGACUCGUUGGAGAGCUCAAUUCAAAGCGGGACGAACUGAGUCAGGUCAUUGCGCAGUUGGACGACUUUGUGGCGAAGUUUGAGAAGGCUCGUGAGGGUGAAAAGGCGGCCGUUGAGAAGCUGGCUGCGCGAGAUGAGGAAUUCUGUGAAUUGCAACUGGCAAGAGAUGAUGAGCGUGCCGAGCACGAGCGUGCUGUUUCGUUGAUGCAAGAACAGUUGGAGCAUCUUCGUGACCAACAAUUAGAAAACGUUUCGGCGUUCGAGAAGUACCAGGGUGAUUUGGCGGACCUUCGCGAGGCGCUGCAGGCUGCGGAUGCUGCGUUAGCGGACAAAAACAAAGAGAUUGACAUCGUGCGGGAGCAGUUGAUUGCGCAGCGGGAGGAGAUAGUUUCGCAGCGGGAAGAAGCGCAGGCAAUUGUGGAUGAAUUGGCCUCUGAGCGUGAUAGAAAGUGCGAGGAGGUGAGCGACUCGUUGAAGAAGCUGGAAGAGUUUGUGGAAAUGCUGCAGGAAGCCCGUGAAUCGGAAGAAGAGGCGGUUCAACGCCGCGAAGAGGCGGAGAGGUCGCUUUACGAUACCCAGAAGGAGUUGGAGAAACUCCGCUCUGUGCAGGCGCGGGAGGUCCCCCACGAGGAGUCGGAAGUGGGCGCACUGCGUGCUGCCUUGGAUGAGGCGUACGACAUGCACGAAGAGGCGGAGGUCGAGAUAAAGAACCUGAAGGAGGCGGUGAGGCUGCUGAUGGAUGCGCUUUCGCAUAACCAGGCGGCAUUCAACUCGGCUUCGGGUGUUAUAGAGGACGCCUGUGGUACACUAACGAAACUGGAGUAG